AGACCUGAGAAAAUGGCAUUGGCAGCAAUUGAUCCACAGCAGAACAUUGUAUCGAGGGUUGUCAGUCUUCCCUUGGUGAGCUCCACCUAUGAUAUGGUGUCCACAGCUUAUAUCACUACAAAGGAUAACCAUCCUUAUCUGAAGUCAGUAUGUGAGAUAGCGGAGAAAGGAGUGAAGACAAUUACUUCAGUAGCCGUGACAAGUGCUAUGCCUAUCAUCCAGAAACUGGAACCACAAAUUGUUGUUGCCAACAACUAUGCAUGUAUAGGUCUAGACAAAAUUGAGGAGAGACUGCCUAUACUGAAUCAACCCACUGACAAGGUUGUUGCCAAUGCCAAGGGUGUAGUUGUUGGAGCCAAAGAAGCUGUAACAACCACUGUGUCUGGUGCCAAGGAAACUGUUGCUCACACAAUCACUGGAGUUAUGGGCAAGACUAAAGAAGCAAUGCAAGACAGUGUAGAAAUGACCAAGUCAGUUGUCAACGGCAGCAUUAACACUGUCCUGGGAAGUCGUGUGGUGCAAAUGGUGAGCAGUGGAGUGGACAGUGCUCUCACUAAAUCGGAGACCCUUGUAGACCAGUAUCUCCCACUUACAGAAGCAGAACUAGAGAAAGAAGCAGCAAAAGUUGAAGGUUUUGAAACUGGAGUUCAAAAGCCAAGCUACUACAUUAGACUAGGAUCCCUGUCUUCAAAGUUUCGCACACGUGCCUACCAACAAGCCUUAAACAAAGUUAGAGAUGCUAAGCAGAAAAGCCAGGAGACCAUUUCUCAGCUCCACCACACUGUUAAUCUGAUCGAGUAUGCCAGAAAGAACAUGAAUAGUGCCAAUCGGAAACUUCUUGAUGCUCAGGAAAAGCUUUAUCAAUCCUGGGUAGAAUGGAAGAAAAAUACAGGCCAAAAUGAUGGUGAUGAACUGCAGAGUGCUGAGCUUAUUGAGUCAAGAACUUUAGCUAUAGCACGGAGCCUCACUCAGCAGCUUCAGACCACCUGCCUCACGCUGGUCUCAAGCCUACAGGGGCUGCCACAGAAUGUGCAGGAUCAGGUUUACAGUGUUGGGUCAAUGGCAGGUGAUGUCUACCAGAGUUUUCUGUCAGCAUCUUCCUUCCAAGAAUUAUCAGACAGCUUUCUUGCCACUAGCAAAGGACAGCUGAAGAAAAUGAAGGAGUCUCUGGAUGAUGUGAUGGAUUAUCUUGUAAACAACACCCCGCUCAACUGGCUGGUUCCAGAUUUCACUAUUACAGACCUGUCUUCGGAGUCAGAUGAUAUCCCAAACAUUCUGGAUUUGGAUGAAGAUGAUCAGCAAGACUUUUCACGCACAAAUGGACCUUACACUACAGGGCAAAGAGCUGAAUAAAGAGCAGCACAAAAACAUAUUUUUGAUACAAUGUACUUCUGCCAUGUUUAACUUAGAUUUUUCCUUUUUAAAGAUGAACCUAUCCUAGUUUAGGGAUUUUGGGGAUAUUUUUUUAAAAUCACUACUGUUUUAGUUGCAUGAAAAUUAUAUAUAUAUAUAUAUUCUUUUUUUCUAUGUAAGGAGUGCACGCUAUAUUAAUUCAUUAGCAUGGGUGUAAAGCUCACAUUCUACAAACCAGAUAUAGCCUAAAAGUGUAUCCAAUUGAUCUAGUCUUUGUUAGUGAUUUGUUCUCUGGCUGACUGCAGCCAUGAGGACACUCCAGUGCUUUGCAUAAAGGGCUGCCAACAAUAGGAGUUGACGAGGAUUUGCUCACAAAAUUUCCCCUUUCACUCUACACAAAAAGCACUUCUGCAUCUACCUCUUUGCUGCUGG